AUGCAAAAAAACACAAACAACAAAGAUGCUACCCAAAUGGAUUAUUUACCUACAACUUUUUCCACUACCGCUUCUUCACUACAAUUACAAAAAAGUGAGCAAAACACUAUAACCCCUGACAACAACAACCAGAUCAGAGCAGGGGACCUUGCCCUAACUACUGUGAGAAAAACUGCUGACUUUCCCACACUAAUUACCAAAACAAACAACAGACCCGAUCUGACCCAAAUUAAUACAACAACAAAUCUACAAACCCAGAACUACUUGGGUCUAUCUAUAAUCCCACAAACUAAUAACGUAAUAGUAACCAAAGCCAAUCUACUUACUAUAGAUAAUGUUGCCAAACUACCUGAUCAUACUAAUAAAGCCUUACAUAAUCAAACUAUGGAUACACAAUCUAAUGCCAUAACCGAAUCCUUACUUUCUAAAUCCUACACACGGGCUUUAGUAGAUGAUAACCAACCUAAGCCAAAAUGA